AAAGUCAGACCUUCUGGAUUCAAACUAGCUGACCAUAUUGUUCUAUGUUGAAAAACUGAAUUUUACUACUUUGAAAGUCCUUUUUUAUAUUUUUGUUGAAUUUUUCUGUUAUAAGUACACCACAAAUCAAUUUAGCAUUUGCAUCAGCUUAGUUAGAAGUAUUAAAUUAGAGGUGUCUUCUUGGUGUAUUAUUAUUAGUCAGCUGCAAUUUUUCAAGAUUGUCAUAGUUGCCAAUUUCAUUGUUUUUCUUCAUCUUGAUUUUGUCAGUGGUAUUGUUAUUGGCUUGUAGUGUUACAAAAAAUGCAAAGUUGAGAUUUUUAAGAGCAAAGACCACUUUGAAAGUCCUUUUCUUUGUAUUUUAAUUGAAUUUUUUCAUUUUUGAAGGCAUUUGCAUCAGUUUGGUUAGAAGUAUUAAACUAAAGAUUUACAACGAAUGCAAAGUUGAGAUUUUAAGAGCAAAAGUGGAACUGAGUCCUGUUAGAUGUGGAGAAAUUGGAGGGUGUUUUGGAUGAGAUGAGGUAUGAUAUCUGGUUUGAUGAAUAUCUUAAGGGCUUGUUUUCAGCCAAGGGCAGAUGGACAUGUUCAUACAAGUUCAGAUGCCGUCGGUCGCCAAGAUGGGCUCUUAUGGUAUAAGGAUACAGGGCAACAUGUAAAUGGAGAGUUUUCAAUGGCUGUAGUUCAAGCUAAUAAUCUACUUGAAGAUCAGAGCCAAAUUGAAUCAGGGUGCUUGAGUUUGCAGGAAUCUGGUCCAUAUGGUACCUUUGUUGGAAUUUAUGAUGGGCAUGGGGGCCCUGAAACUUCAAGGUUCAUCAAUGAACAUCUCUUUCAAAAUCUCAAGAGGUUCACAUCUGAGCACCAAUCUAUGUCUGUUGAGGUGAUUAAGAAAGCAUUUCAAGCAACAGAAGACGGUUUCCUCUCUGUUGUGACUAGACAAUGGCCCACGAAACCGCAGAUUGCUGCAGUUGGAUCAUGCUGUCUUGUUGGAGUUAUCUGCAGUGGAACCUUAUAUAUAGCCAACCUUGGCGACUCAAGGGCAGUCUUAGGGAGACUUGUCAAGUCUACUGGAGAGGUUCUCUCGAUUCAGCUCUCUGCAGAACACAAUGCGAGCAUUGAAUCUGUAAGACAAGAGUUGCAAACUCUGCAUCCAAAUGACUCACAAAUUGUAGUUUUAAAGCACAAUGUCUGGCGCGUGAAGGGGCUUAUACAGAUUUCAAGAUCCAUUGGUGAUGUGUAUUUAAAAAAAGCUGAAUUCAACAGGGAGCCAUUAUAUGCAAAGUUUCGUCUUCGAGAACCAUUUGGCAAGCCCAUUUUGAGCUCAGAUCCAACAAUUUCAGUGCACCAUUUGCAACCUGAUGACCAGUUUAUCAUAUUUGCAUCAGAUGGUCUUUGGGAGCAUCUAACUAACCAAGGAGCAGUAGACAUUGUACAAAAUCACCCACGCAAUGGGAUUGCUAGAAGGUUAGUGAAAACUGCCCUACAAGAAGCAGCAAAGAAAAGGGAAAUGAGGUAUUCAGACUUGAAGAAAAUUGAUCGUGGAGUUCGUCGACAUUUCCACGACGACAUCUCAGUGGCGGUUGUUUUCCUGGACUCGAAUCUCGUGAGCCAAGCUAGCUCAGUUAAAAGUCCUAAUAUAUCUGUAAAAGGAGGUGGCAUUAGUUUGCCUACAAAAACUACCCCAACAUAAGUUGGUUGGUGCAACUUUAUGAAGCUGUUGCAGAUGUUGUUGUUGUUGUACUAUGUAUCUUGUGAAUACCAGGUAGCACUUCUAAAAGUUCAAAAGCAGUCCAAAAUUUUUUUAAACUGUAAUCUAACUGAGACUUAUACUUGGAUUUAGUUCUAGUGCCCAAGAAAGGAACUGGAAAAAAAGAGUAUCUUCACAAAUAUCAGUUGAGUUAUUUCCUUGAAAUAAUUCCUUAUUGCUUCUAUUAUAUAGUUAACCUGGAGGUUGUAAAUGUCUUAAGAGCCUUAUUUAUUCUUUA